AUGGGCUCUGCUGCACGUGUGAUUCUUGUGCCAUCUAUACGCGAUGCACAUCAUGACUAUGCAUUUCCUCAGUUACUUCAAGUAAGCCCAGAUGAAAUCUUGAUAGAAUCAACUGAGGAGCCACUUCUUAAUUCACUUCCUAAGUUAAUUAGUUUGCUUUCAUCAAGUUUCAAGGGAGCAAUUUCUGCUGAUGUAGCAAUAACAACAGCUGAUAUUGUGAGCAAGAGUGUAGCAGUAGAGUUUGAGGUUGGUGGAAGCGGUAUAAGAAUCGGGGGAAUGGCAAAAGGUUCCGGAAUGAUCCACCCAAACAUGGGAACACUUCUUGGUGUAGAUGGGGAUACUAGCACCAAUGAUACCAUUAUUGCUUUGGCUAGUGGUUUAUCUGGAUCAAACAGGAUAUCAUCAUUACACAGUUCUGAAGGAAACCAACUACAAAUGUGCCUUGAUGCGGUAUUGCAAGGGGUUGCCAAAUCAAUAGCAUGGGAUGGAGAAGGGGCAACAUGUUUGAUAGAGGUGGUAAUUUAUGGUAGGGAUCCAAAUUGGGGGCGGAUAGCCUGUGCUGCAGGGUGUGUGGGGAUUUUUUUUUUUGACUCAAAUGCCCUUAGAAUAGCACUUGGAGAUAUUCUACUUAUGGAAGGAGGCCAGCCACUUCCAUUUGAUAGGGCAGCAGCUAGUAAUUACCUGAAAGAGGCUGGUGAUGCUCAUGGCACUGUCAAAAUUCAGAUAUCCAUAGGAGAUGGACCAGGAACAGGGUUAGCAUGGGGAUGUGAUUUAAGUUAUGAUUAUGUCAAGAUUAAUUAUGCAACCUCUUUAGGCCCGGGCAGUCUUGAUAAAUGCUGGUCAAGCAAAUGCAGCCACGAUGCAGGUUACCAAGAUGUAAUAGACUGCUCAUAUGCCCUUUCCAAUGUAUGUAAAGUGUAAACCUCAUUGUGUUCAUUUACAUCAUUUUACAUCACGGGAAACAAAAAAGUUAAGUAAAAAAUUACAGUGGCUGCAUUUGCUUGACUAACAUUUAUCAAGACUGUCCGGGCCUAAAGAGGUUGCAUAAUUAAUUUUGACAUAAUCAUAACUUAAAUCACAUCCCCAUGCUAACCCUUUUCCUGGUCGACCCCCUAUUCACGUUCCACCCAAAAUAAAUUAGGUUGAUUCUGCUCUUGUUAUGCACACAAGUGUAUUUUCAUCAUUUCUUCUCUCUAGUUUUAUCUCAGUGACAUGAUAAAUUAGGUUAAUUUCAUUCUUGAUUUAAAUAACAUGUUUUGAACAAGAGUAAUAUUUUAGGUCAUAUUUAAAAUGAUCAAAAUAACCUUAUUUCUGAACAAGGGUAUAUAAUACAUAAUUACAAUAAGAGAAUAAUAGAUAACUCAAAAUAAGGGCAAAAUGUUCUUUAUCCCGGAAGACAAGAUAAAGAACGUGUUUUGUGUAUCUAUUUAUAGUACAUAUCUUUCACAUAACAUAAACAACUCUUUAAAUUCCAUGCAUCGUUGACCGGAUUAUAUUUAGGUAUAGUUAGUUGUGUACUGUUUCCAUGUUACAUAAUUGAUCAAUACCUCACUAAAUUGAUCAUCUUUUACAGCCGAUUUUGGUGUACUUGUCCAAGGUUGAUGGGAGAUUCAAUUUUAGCCCCAUCAGUGUUAACUUUCUGACAGAAGUUGCAAAAGUUAUCUUUUCACUUGUCAUGCUUCUAAUACAUGCUAGAAAUCAGAAGAUUGGAGAGAAGCCACUUCUUUCUGUCUCUAGCUUUGUACAGGCAGCUCGCAACAAUGUGCUUCUUGAGAUCUAUUAUAAGGUUACUUCUCUCAUGGCCAAUAAUAUAUGUAGUUGCUUGAUUUUUUAUUUGAGGAUCAUAAAUGAACUUUAUAAUAAUGUGUACUUGUCUUAAUCAUUUCCUGACU